AUGCAAAGUGCUUUAGUAGGCUCCUGGCACAACAGUGGUUUCUAUGGGCACUACAGAGGUCAAGUGAAGAAUGAAAGUGCUGGAGAAUAUCGCCUUGCAGCCAAGCCCAAGCCUCCAGCAGUAUUUCUGAAGAGAAGUCAGGAACCAGCCAAGCAGCAUUUCUUCUCCAAGCAUGACAACCGCAUUUCCUUCGACAAAGGCCCCUACUGGCUGCUACAGGGAAUCGGAAGACGGAAAGAUCUGGAGCGUCUGUGGCAGCGUCAUACCUUCCUGCGCUGGGCACCCAACGAGCUGGAGUUGAGCCAUCAGCGACCUCUAAAAUCUUCCUACCAGGUUGACUUCCCGCCAGGCCCAAAAUUUGGUCUUAUCCCCCAGCGCCUCGUGGACUUUAUGAAAGUCCAGCCUCCCUGUGCCAACACCACCUACCAGCAAAACUUCUGCCAGUUAGCUCACAGUGACUACUGCAGCAUCAACAAGGAAGACUCCCAAGAGCCAGCCACAGACACAUUGCCUGACCUCCCAGACAUCCGGAAACCCAAGCUACUGCAGCAUUACCUUCAUGCUGGGGUGUCUGAGUGUCUAAACUGGUCCAAAUCAUUAAAGAAGAACAGUUGA